GACUAUCUUCUAGAACCUUGUGGAAGAGCUUUCAUGAGUGUGCCGGGCAUUUACGCUGCUUCCGUUGCCAGAUCGAUGGUCAAUCUACCAACUUGGAGAAUCUGUUCAACAUCACCUCCCAAAUGCAAAAAAAUGGUCCUCCAGGCGUAUGGCUCUGCAGCACAGACAUGGUUUUGACCUGCAGUGACGUCGCCAUCGACUGGUCCUGUGUUAAAGAUGGUCUGCUCAUAUGCUCCAUUUGUGAUCCCCACUAUGCGGCAAAUCAUGGUGCUGUAAAGGUGAACAGUGAUGGCGUAGUUUCAAGCAUUCUGUAUUGUGGAACAUUGCAAGCCUUGCGGGAUUACACACUUACCGAUGGAACGGUUCUUAUGUCAUUGUUUUUUGAUUUUCUGGUGGCCAUGGCUGAAGAUGUCAUACAAGACACAUUUGUUAGUGGCCAUUAUGGUCACUGCUAUGACCAAAAGUUUAGCCUUGAGAAGAGAACUAUGGCCCAGAGGACUCAAACUGUUGUUUGGAAAGAACUGUCACCAUGCACUCUAAAAACUUGUGAGUAG